AUGGCGGAAGAGAGCCCCGAGCUCCAGGCCGCACUGCGCGACCUGGAUCGGGAAUUGGAGGAGGGCGAUAUCACCGAGAAAGGAUACCAAAAGCGACGUUCGAUGCUUCUGGCGCAAUUCCUCGGCCCAAACAAACCCCUCGAGAUCGUCAAUCACUCGAAUUCUGAUUAUGAAGCCACCUCAAAUCCCUCGAACAUGGCUCCGCCUGCUAUUCUGAGCGUUCACGCGCCAUCGAGUCGAUCCGGUCAGCCCAGUCUCGUAUCUCCGACGUAUGCCGGCAGUUUCGAUGGCAUGCAGAGUGGCGGAGGACUCGGAUAUGACCAGCGCGGCAGUAUGGACAUGCAGAACCCGUCACCAGCACCAGCUGCGUCGUAUGAUAGAAAUAACGUUGGGGUUGGUCGGAUGCCGUCAACAUCAUCGUACGAUUCCCUUUUCCUGCCCAAGCCAGCACCUCCGGGAUCACAAGGCCAGGAUGGUUCGCGGACGGCAACAUUGCUGAGCCAGAACUAUGCGUUCAACCCGAAUGCCCAUCCUGAGUACGUGGACGAUACUAUGGCGUACGACCCCGCGUUGGGCGGAGCCACGCGACAGUCGACGAUGCUGGACUCGCAACAGGGAUUCUUCUCUGAUUUCGCCGGCCAGCAGCGUGAGGACUAUCGGGAGAGCUAUGGUGGUGGGUUCCACCGCUACUCUCAGUCGGGAGAAGCCUUUUCACCCACUGCGAAUAUGGCCCCGCCUUUGAUGCCCGCCUCGGACCUUCAAUAUGCGCCAACUCUCCAACACCUGCAUCCUUUAGAGCCUCGAGAUAUUCCAUUUUCGGUCAAUGACCCGCAUGAUAAGAGCACUCCGAUGUCCAAAUUUGAUAAUCUUCCGACAGUGCUGCGGCAUCGCGCUCGAGCGCAUGGGAAGCAGCCGGCGUAUUGGGUAUUGGACCAGAAAGGAAAAGAGAUUGCGUCCAUUACAUGGGAAAAGUUGGCAAGCCGUGCCGAGAAAGUUGCUCAAGUGAUUCGCGAUAAGAGCAAUCUGUAUCGUGGAGAUCGCGUGGCCCUGAUCUACCGCGAUGCCGAGGUUAUUGAGUUCGCAGUCGCUCUUUUAGGCUGUUUCAUUGCUGGCGUUGUUGCAGUUCCAAUCAACAAAUUGGAUGACUAUCAGAGCUUGAACCUGGUGCUCACAUCCACUCAAGCCCAUUUGGCCCUGACGACCGAAAACAACCUUAAAAACUUCCAACGUGACAUCACUGCACAGAAACUGAACUGGCCCCGCGGAGUCGAAUGGUGGAAGACCAACGAAUUCGGCAGUUUCCACCCGAAGAAGAAGGAUGACACGCCUCCAUUGGUUGUUCCAGACCUUGCGUAUAUCGAGUUUGCACGAGCCCCGACAGGUGACACGCGUGGUGUGGUGAUGAGCCAUCGGACCAUCAUGCACCAGAUGUCCUGCCUGAGUGCUAUCGUGACCGCUGCACCCACUGAUUCGAGUGCCAGACAAUACGCCAAGGGAGAGACUAUCGUCACUUACCUAGACCCCCGACAGGGCAUUGGCAUGAUCCUGGCCGUGCUUUUCAACGUCUACGGUGGUCACACAACCGUUUGGCUUGAAGAUCGAGUUGUGGAGACGCCCGGUCUCUAUGCUCACGUUGUCACUAAAUACAAGGCAACAAUUAUGGCUGCCGACUACUCUGGUUUGAAGAUUGCAGCGUACAACUACCAGCAGGACCCCAUGGCCACUCGACAUUACAAGAAGAACUCUGAGCCCAAUUUCAGUAGCGUUAAAAUGUGCAUGAUUGACACCCUCACUUUGGACUCUGAGUUUCACGAGAUCUUGGCAGACCGAUGGCUGCGGCCCAUGCGGAAUCCGCGCGCUAGAGAGAUUGUGACCCCAAUGCUGUGCUUGCCCGAACAUGGCGGCAUGGUGAUUAGCAUGCGGGAUUGGCUUGGCGGUGAAGAGCGCAUGGGAUGCCUCUUGACCCAUGAAAUGGACCCGGCGGUUCACUCUGACUCCAAAAAAGAGGACACGAAAUUCGAGAAGUCCGAGACCAAUACCGGCUUUGGCAGCAGUCUUCUCGGCGGCGGGUCCCGCGGGUCCCGAAUCUCACAACCCAAGGAGACUUCGAAGAACGAAUUAGGAGAGGUUCUCUUGGACAAAGAGGCUCUGAAAAGCAAUGAGGUCGUCGUCCUCGCUAUGGGCGAAAAUGCUCGCAAGUUUGCUGCUAGUAUGCCUCAUGCUGUGCGCGUUGGUUCUUUCGGUUAUCCCAUCCCUGACGCUACUCUCGCCAUUGUCGAUCCUGAAACCAAUCUUCUGUGUACGCCCAAUGUCAUUGGAGAGAUCUGGGUCGAUUCGCCUUCUCUGUCUGGCGGUUUUUGGGCAUUGCCAAAGCACACCGAAGCCAUAUUCCACGCCCGCCCUUACAAGUUCGAGGAGAACAAUCCAACUCCGGUUCUUGUGGAGCCGGAGUUCUUGCGCACCGGUCUGCUUGGAUGCGUUAUCGAGGGCAAGGUGUUUGUGCUGGGUCUCUAUGAAGACCGACUCCGCCAGAAGGUCGAGUGGGUUGAACAUGGGCAGGAGAUUGCGGAACACCGCUAUUUCUUCGUUCAGCAUCUGGUUGUCAGUCUGUUGAAGAAAGUACCAAAGAUUCACGACUGUACAGCUUUCGAUGUUUUUGUGAAUGACGAGCAUCUUCCAGUCAUCGUGCUAGAGUCUUAUGCGGCUUCAACAGCACCAACAACCUCUGGGGGGCCUCCUCGCCAGCUUGACUCCGUUCUCUUAGAGUCUCUAGCAGAGAGAUGUAUGGAGGUUUUGUAUCAGGAACAUCAUCUUCGCGUUUAUUGCGUGCUCCUUACGGCUCCGAACUCGCUUCCGCGCGUCACCAAGAACGGUCGACAGGAGAUCGGCAACAUGCUCUGUCGCAAAGAAUUCGAUGCCGGUACGCUGCAGGCUGUGCAUGUCAAAUUCGGUGUCGAGCGAGCAGUGAUGAACCUACCUGUCGGUGUCGACCCGGUCGGCGAGAAACAGUACUCAGGCGUCGACUACCGCGAUGUUAUCAUGGAUGAUCGUACCUCCACACCUCUGAACAACUUCAAGACAAUUGUCGACCUUCUCCAGUGGCGAGUCUCGCGCCAAGCCGAAGAACUGGCUUACUGCUCUAUCGACGGCCGUGGCAAGGAGGGCAAGGGCCUCACCUGGAAGAAAUUUGACCUGAAGGUCUCUGCAGUGGCAACAUACCUGAAGAACAAAGUCAAGGUCCGCCCCGGAGAUCAUCUGGUGUUGAUGUAUACCCAUUCUGAGGAGUAUAUCUUUGCCAUUCAUGCUUGUUUCUGUCUGGGUGUUGUUGCCAUUCCACUGGCUCCCAUUGACCAGAACCGCCUCUCAGAAGACGCGCCUGCGUUUCUGCACGUCAUCAGCGAUUUCAAUGUCAAGGCAAUCAUUGUCAACGCCGAGGUCGAUCAUGUCAUGAGGCUGAAGCUCGUAUCCCAGCAUGUCAAGCAAUCUGCACAGGUUCUUCGCAUCGGUGUGCCUGCUAUAUACAAUACGAAUAAGCCCUCCAAGCAGUCUCAUGGAUGCCGCGAGCUCGGAUAUACCAUGAAAGAUACCUGGCUGCAAGGUGGCCAGCCUGCUCUGGUCUGGACGUACUGGACACCUGAUCAGCGUAGGAUUUCUGUGACCAUUGGCCAUGAUACCAUUAUGGGUAUGUGCAAGGUGCAGAAGGAAACGUGCCAGAUGACAAGCUCGAGGCCGGUGCUCGGUAGUGUGCGCAGUACAUUGGGUCUCGGAUUCCUGCACACCUGUUUGAUGGGUAUCUACGUUGGUGCUCCUACAUACCUCGUGUCUCCUGUCGACUUUGCCCAGAACCCGAUGACUCUCUUCGUCACUCUCUCACGGUACAAGAUCAAGGACACAUACGCCACUAGCCAGAUGUUGGAUUACGCCAUGAAUGUUAUGGGUGCAAAGGGCUUCCAGCUCCAAGAGCUGAAGAACCUGAUGAUCUCCGCGGAAGGACGGCCGCGAGCCGAUAUUUACCAAAAAGUGCGCCUGCACUUCGCUUCUGCUGCCCUGGACCGCACCGCGAUCAACAUCGUGUACUCACACGUCCUCAAUCCUAUGAUCGUCACCAGAUCAUAUAUGUGCAUCGAGCCGAUUGAGCUUUGGCUGGAUCUCCGAAGUCUUCGCCGAGGUCUAAUCUAUCCUGUGGACCCAGACGCAGACCCUACCGCCCUCCUACUCCAAGACUCGGGAAUGGUGCCGGUCAACACGCAGAUUGCCAUCGUCAACCCAGAAACCUGCACCCUGGCCCAUGUAGGAGAGUACGGCGAGAUAUGGGUGCAGUCCGACGCAUGUGCCAAAGGCUUCUACAGAUCCAAGCAGGAAUUUGACAAUGAACGUAUGGAUGGUCGGGUCGCGGAUGGUGACCCGAACGUGCCCUACAUUCGCACCGGCGAUCUAGGCUUCCUUCACACUGUCACUCGGCCAAUUGGCGCCGGUGGGCAACCUGUCGAAAUGCAAGUUCUCUUUGUCCUGGGUGGAAUUGGUGAGACAUUCGAAGUCAACGGACUCAGCCAUUUCCCGAUGGAUAUUGAAAGCUCAAUCGAAAGAUGUCACCGCAAUAUUGUGGGUGGUGGAUGUGCGAUUUUCCAAGCAGGCGGUCUGAUCGUGGUCGUGGUUGAAGUCACCCGAAAAGCGUAUCUGGCAUCUCUUGUCCCAGUCAUUGUCGAUGCCAUCCUCAACGAGCACCAAGUUGUCGUGGACAUUGUCGCGUUUGUCUCUCAUGGUGACUUUCCCCGCUCACGCCUCGGCGAAAAGCAGCGUGGCAAGGUCCUAGCAUCAUGGGUAACCCGCAAGCUGCGGACAAUCGCUCAAUUCAGUAUCCGUGACUCGGACGGAGCGGAUGGUCCAUUUGCAGACCUGCCCCAGCAUCGCGUCAGUCGAGGCUCCAAGCCCGGGAGCACCAUGGGUAGUAGUCUGCGCAAGUCGACGCUUGUUAACCCCGAGAGUGAGAUUCCGCGAUCUCCGGCUCCAAUAGUGCUUGAAGACCCAACACAGCAGGCUCAAAUUAGCUCCUACCAGGAUAUGCCUUCACCUGGCUUGUCACAGGAGCCUGGUGCUGACAGUUCUUUUGCUGGCACGCCUGUCCCUGAGCCGAAUCCCGGUCUCCCUCACAUUGAAGAGCCUCAGUCCGCUACACUCGUGACAGAGGACGCCGAUGACCACAACGUGGGAUAUACAAAGCCUGUCUCUGGAACCGAAACUGCCCAUAACCGUGAUUUCCGAUUCAGUUUUGACAUGGUCAACACGCCCAUUGAUCCCCAGCAAUAUGAAUCAAUUGCCCCUACCGCCGAGUCGCCCUCAGCAGGACGAGACGCCCUGCCCAGCCAAAAGCAAUUCAGCACCGUCCCCGCAGGCGCAGAGCCAGUGCAGGAAGAAACGAUUCGUCCCAGCACCCAGGAGAGCGGAAACAUCGACGACUGGCCACAAGAAGCCUUAAUGUACCAGUCCACUCUGGGCGUGGACGACGGAUCGGACUUCGUCCAGCGCUCACCAAGCAACAUGAGUGCCGCAGUGCGCAAGCGCUACGAUGGAAGUGAAUAUGGUCCUUGA